UAAAGAAAAGCAAGUGGAAGUGUAAUUUUUCUACUGAUAUCUUCAUUUUAAUGAGAAAUCGCUACAGCUCACAUUUCUACAUGAACCCUGGGCUCCUGUUUGUGGUUCUCAGGUCACCCAUUGCAAAAGCGGGGUAGGUGUCUGGGCGGGCGUGCAGACUCUAAACUUGUGCAAAGUGUGGAUGGUGGCAGGUUUUGGCCGGGGAACCUUUUUCUCCGAACAUGAUUUCUGCGUCUUUGCUUCGAGCUAUUCAAUGCACAGAGAAGCUGCACUGCUGCCCUGGGAAGCGACUGCUUUUACUCCAGCUGGUCCCCUUUAACAAAGCCGAUAUUAAAACGUGGCCAUGUUUGAGGUGGGGGUUGCUGGGGCAAAGAGAAGUAGUAUUGCAACCCAGACGCAUCCUUAGGGUCACUCAGAAAGCCAUCUGGACUCAGGGAUACAAGCCCCUGAGAGCCGAAGAGGACAGCAGCAAACAAGUGUCUGUGCAGAAAAGUCGCAGAGGAGAACCUGCUCUUUCAAUUUCACAGAGAGUGAAAGAAGCUGGGAAGAGAUUUACCUAUUUAAUAAUAGUGCUUAUUGGAAUCGGUGGUUUAUUCUAUGUGAUUUUCAAAGAACUUUUCUCCUCAUCCAGUCCUAAUAAGAUUUUUGGAAAAGCCUUAGAAAAAUGCAGAUCUCAUCCAGAGGUAAUCAGCGUUUUUGGUGACAACAUUAAAGGUUAUGGGGAAUCAACAAGGCGAGGUAGAAGACAGCAUGUCAGUCAUAUUGAAUAUGUAAAAGAUGGGCAAAAGUACAUGCGUCUGAAAUUCUACAUUGAAGGCUCAGUGCCAGGGAAGCAAGGAACUGUGCAUCUUGAAACAAAAGAGAACCCAGAAAGUGGCAUAUAUGAAUUUCGCUACAUAUUUGUGGACGUUGAUGUCUUUCCUAGAAGAAUCAUUAUUAUUGAAGAUAAUCGACGUUGAGAUAAUUAACUAAAAGAAUUAAGCAACUUUGAUAUGUUCUACUGUGUCACAUAGUGCAUUAUCACAACUGUUCUUAUUUUCACAGUUCUCUUUGUGAGCCUAUUUUGAAUAGGACAUAAAAAAGGAUGUUUAAUAAUGAGGGGAUUUAUGUUGCAUUAGAAUGAUAUAAAGAUGAGCAAUUGGGGAAAAAACAUGAAAUAAAGUACAUAUGUAUUUUAUCCAAGUGAACUAUUAUUCUAGGACAGGUUUUUUUGCUUCAUCUAGAACAAUGCCAUCUUUCAAAAUAGGAAUUUUCUUUUAUUAAAAUUUUAUGCUGCAGAAAUAUGGAAGAUGAAUUGUAAGACUCCAUGCUUUUCCUUCUGUUAUGCAACCUUAUAAAAAAUCUUUGAAAUAAAAUUAAACUUGGAAAAAAAGAUGUCAAAAGUAAAUUAUCUUGCUGUAUAAUUUUAAAUCUGAAUUCAAUGUGAAUGUGAGGAAGUUAGGAAUUAAAGCACACCAACCAAUGAUGAAAUAAAGCUGUUCAAAAUUAAA